GAGUGGCCGACACAUUUGCAUAUCAUUGCGACUGGGCCAAGUUUUUUGCCGCACCCAGCCGCACAAAGGAGCCACGCAGAUCCUGGCACAUCACUGCAAGGCAUCAAGUCUUUGAAAUUGUCAAUUUGGCCAGUUUCUUUCCGGAUGCGCAGACGGAUGAAAGCUGGAUGCAGACUCAAUGGGAGGGUGACACUGUGAAAGAUGUGUUUCGCACAAGAUUGUAUUCUGGCAACACCAUCCAGAAAAGCCUCCUUAUGGCUGUCCAUGUUGGUCGCCACCAUUUGGACCAAGCAGAGCUGUUUUGCUGGCUGGAACUUGAUAGUGCGUUCAUUGCCGACAAUCUUCGGGCCUUCGCGCGAGUACAAGGCCUCCAUGCCAAGGAGCCGCACUUUGUUGCUGCUCUUCAUUUGGGCAUGAAGCUUCAAGUGGGAAUAUUCCCGCAUACUGCUGGUGGAGUUUGUCUCACACAAGAAGCUUUGCGACGAUUGUCGCAACACCUGGAGCUGCAGAAAAUGGAUGCAGUGAGAUACGAGCAUCCGAAGCGAGUCAUGUUUUGGGCUCCUCAAGUAGUGUCAGCUUCGCGCGAAACAGCAGCCCGUGUACAUGGGUGUGGCUUUGUUGCUGGACAUUGGUGGGACAUCAUGCUUGGCCGCUGCAUGGUAGCUUCUAAUGUGACCGCGCAUCCGGCAGUGGAAGAUGAGUUGGGCCGCUACUACUUUGCAACGGAGCCCUUGCCUUGUCAAGAGCAUCUCAACAGCCGCCAAUUGCCGCAAUUGCGAAGCCCUCACAUGGAGGGCUCACGUUUGCCGAGGGUAGCCAAUGCCCUUUGCGACAUAUAUGGCUUCAUGCCGGAGCUUCAUCGUUAUUUAAUGUGUGAGCCGGAAGUAGCUGUGGCAGACUACUGGGUUUCUCCCUAUGCAAUAGGCUGGGCUCCAAAACCUUUGCAAGUGCUGAAUCAAUUCAAUUGUGCAAGUUUCUUGGGCAAGGCUUCCACGGCUACAAGAAUACAUCUCUUUUGCUGCAUGCCUACCGCCCCUGACCAAUCAAUUAGGCAUCAUUCAUUGUCAUUGCAGUGGGUAUCACAGGGUUCUUUCAUGUUCUUUCCUUUGCUCGGUCCCCAACAUCAAAAGAAAAGGGAAUUUGCCUGAAUCUAAAAGGUCGUUCAUGCACCAUGCGCAAUCGGAUUCGACCCGCAGACCAGUUUUUUUAAAGAACAAUUGUUGGUUUUGACCUCUGACUCGAAGGCUACACUAGAAUCCACACAAAUUUUGUGGUGCACCGGUUGGUGAGCGGAAUCUCCUGUGCUUGCUUCCACCCCCUUUAGCAGGAGACACAAGUAAACCUUGCCAAAUCUGAGGAAUACUCUAUGGGAAGGCCAGUUGUGAUUGGGUGCUCUCAUUCCGGCCAAAGGUGGCGCGUUCCGCAAAGAGACUGUGGUUAAUCUGAAUCCGACCAUACUGGCACUAAUGUGCAUAAACCGCAACAAUGGUUCUAUGCCAAAUGACUUGACUGCAGAUUGGGAAACGUUCAAUUCUGAGGUUUUGCGGCGGGAGAAGCCCGGGCAACCACCAGUGCAGUAGAUGCAAAA